GGUCACAAAGAGUCGGACACAACUGAGCGACUUUCACAACCUAAAUGCUCAUUUUAAUAUCUGGUCCUAGCCUUGAGGAUAUUCAUUUGUGAAAUGCCCAUAUAUUUUAAGAUAGUAAAUGAGGCAUUUUUGAACACCUUUUAUAAAAAUGCUUAAUUAAACACUCUUUUAAAAAUGUAAUUGAUUGAAAUUUGUCUUGGCCCUAGUAAAACAUCAGCAGUUCCUUACUUGAACAGAGAAGGAACAUUUUCACCAAGAUGGGGACAACAUAGUUGUCCAUAUGCUUCUUGUCCUCUGUACCCUUGAGAUGUUAGAUUAAAGGAUGAUGUCGGGUUAGUUCAUGUGCUUAAUUGUGCUUUCCCAUAAUUGCAGCUUGCACCUCUGGAGGUAACAUAAAAAUAAGAACUUCCAGAAACUCUGAAAAGAGUUCAGAGAGCAACUCCUACCUAUUUCAAGCCUACCACUUAUCUCUCACCAGAGAAGUAGCAAACUAGAUAUGGUUCCUUGCCCACAGCCUGCUCUGUCCAUCAGCUGCCAUCAUCCCAGGUUGAAAGGAAAUUCCUGGCAGCUCAUUGGCCCAAGAGUAAGGAAAUUGUUGCUUAGCAACCAAGUCCUGACCCCUACAGGCCUGAAAAGAGGAAGCUUGUGGGCUAGCCACCUAGUUCUGCCUGUGUUACAGUAAGAAGGAGCUACUUAGAAGAAGAUGAAGCCCUUGUUCCUGCUCAUAGAGAUAUUGUUAAUUCUUGGGGUCACAAUUAAAACUAUUGAAGCAGAAAAACAUAGUAAAAAGCAGAAAGGAAGAAAUGUCACCACACAGGUAUCAGUGAACAAAGUCAAACAAGAUUUAUCAAAUAUAUUGGAACAAGGAAAACCAAUUAACAUAAUCAGUAAAAAAGAAAAUCUCUUAGAAAAUAAGAAGAAUCAGCAUAAACUAAGACGAAAAGGAAUUCGAAAUAAAGAUCUCUGGAAAAGAAAUAAAGAUCACUUAAAACCGCAAGCAAAGAACAAUUCCACAGAGGAAGGAGACCAGCUUUUUAAGACGGGCAUCAAGAUCCUCCAGCAGUCUAAAAGCCAGAAACAAAAAGCAGAAGCCUACAUAUUCUUUGCCAAAGCAGCUGACAUGGGAAACUUGAAAGCUAAGGAGAAAAUGGCUGAUGCUUUGCUAUUUGGAAAUUUUGGCAUGCAAAACAUUACAGCAGCUAUCCAAUUAUAUGAGUCCUUGGCUAAGGAAGGAUCAUAUAAAGCCCAAAACGCCUUAGGAUUUUUGUCUUCUUAUGGAAUAGGAAUGGAAUACAAUCAAGCUAAGGCACUGAUAUAUUAUACCUUUGGAAGUGCUGGAGGAAGCAUGAUGUCACAGAUGAUUUUGGGGUACAGAUAUUUAUCAGGAAUCAAUGUUCUACAGAAUUGUGAAGUUGCCCUAAGUCAUUACAAGAAAGUGGCAGAUUAUAUUGCUGAUAAACUGGAAAAAAGUGAAGGUAUUCCAGUGGAAAAAGUGAGACUAACUGAAAGACCUGAAAAUCUAAGUUCCAACAGUGAGAUUUUGGAUUGGGACAUAUACCAGUACUAUAAAUUUUUGGCAGAAAGAGGAGAUGUUCAGAUACAAGUAUCUCUCGGACAGUUGCAUCUAAUUGGGAGGAAAGGUCUGGAUCAAGAUUACUAUAAAGCAUUAUACUACUUCUUAAAGGCAGCAAAAGCUGGGAGCGCAAACGCUAUGGCAUUUAUAGGAAAGAUGUAUUUAGAAGGAAAUGCUGCAGCACCACAAAAUAAUGCUACUGCUUUCAAAUACUUUUCUAUGGCCGCUAGUAAGGGCAAUGCAAUUGGUCUUCAUGGGCUUGGUCUUCUUCACUUUUAUGGGAAAGGAGUUCCUGUGAAUUACGCAGAAGCGCUUAAAUACUUUCAGAAAGCUGCAGAGAAGGGAUGGCCCAAUGCACAGUUUCAGUUAGGCUUCAUGUACUACUCUGGCUCUGGAGUAUGGAAGGAUUAUAAACUUGCCUUCAAAUAUUUUUACUUGGCAUCUCAGAGUGGGCAGCCCCUAGCCAUUUAUUACCUGGCUGAGAUGUAUGCCACAGGAACAGGAGUGUUGCGAUCAUGCAGAACCGCUGUGGAGCUUUAUAAAGGUGUCUGUGAACUAGGCCACUGGGCUGAGAGCUUCCUGACAGCAUACUUUGCUUAUAAGAAUGGUGAUAUAGAUUCUUCUCUGGUUCAGUACGCACUGCUUGCAGAAAUGGGGUAUGAAGUAGCUCAAAGCAAUUCAGCAUUCAUUUUGGAAACUAAAAAGGCUAAAAUUCUUGAAAAAGAGAAGAUGUAUCCAAUGGCACUUCUCCUAUGGAAUCGAGCUGCCAUUCAAGGCAAUGCAUUUGCUAGAGUGAAAACUGGAGAUUACCAUUACUAUGGCUUCGGGACCAAGAAAGACUAUCACACAGCAGCCACACACUACAGCAUCGCAGCCGACAAGUACCACAGUGCACAAGCCAUGUUCAACCUGGGCUACAUGUACGAACACGGUUUGGGUAUCACAAAGGACAUUCACUUGGCCAGGAGAUUAUACGACAUGGCUGCUCAAACAAGUCCAGACGCUCACAUACCAGUGUUCUUGGCCCUCAUGAAAUUGCAAACUGUGCAUUUGCUCCAAGAUAUCCUGUUUUUUAAUUUUACAAAGAGAUGGAAAUGGAUGACAUUGGAUAACACUGUUGGACCAUACUGGGAUUUAUUUGUGAUUGGCCUAAUUGUUGCUGUGCUGAUCUUCUUGCUUAAAAAUCGCUAUGGGUAGGAUCUGGACCAUAGAAAAACCUGCUCACGGGAACCAGUCCACUUCAAGUUAUCUUCACUAAAUAAAGAACUUCCCCAUCAGACUCA